CGGGGGGGUGCGCCCCGCCCAGCCGGGCAGGCUGUUCCUAAGGGCCUGUUCCAGCCAACAGUGGCCGCGUUGCGGGCGCCGGUAGGCAGCUGUUUUUGGAAAGAUGGAAAGUGGUGCAGUUCUGCUGGAAUCCAAAUCCUCACCGUUUAACCUUCUUCAUGAAAUGCAUGAGCUCCGCCUUCUGGGUCACCUGUGUGACGUCACAGUCAGUGUGGAGUAUCAAGGUGUCCGGGAAGACUUUGUGGCCCAUAAAGCAGUGCUGGCAGCCACCAGCAAGUUUUUUAAGGAAAUGUUCCUUAAUGAGAAGAGUGAGGAUGGUACCAGAACUAAUGUCUACUUAAAUGAAGUACAGGUUGUUGACUUUGCUUCAUUUCUGGAGUUUGUCUACACUGCCAAGGUACAGGUGGAAGAAGAUCGGGUACAGCGGAUGCUGGAAAUGGCUGAAAAGCUAAAAUGUUUGGACCUUUCAGAAACUUGUUUCCAGUUAAAGAAACAGAUGUUAGAGUCAGUCCUUUUGGAAUUGCAGAAUUUCUCUGAAUCUCAGGAAGCUGAGGUGAGCAAUGGCUCCCAGGUAGGUGUUGCUGCAGACUCUAGGGCAAGUACAGGCCUUGAUGGUACCCACUCCAAUGGCCUUGUGGAUUCUCCAGAUUCCCCAGUGGAGAGAAUCAGCAAUGGCAUGUCACCUGAUAUGCCACCGAGGAAGUCCAAGGAGAAACUAGACAAAAAGAAAGAUGUAGCUAAGCCUCCUUACCCUAAAAUCAGAAGAGCUAGUGGAAGGCUGGCUGGAAGAAAGGUAUUUGUGGAAAUCCCUAAAAAGAAGUACACAAGAAGACUCCGGGAGCAGCAAAAAAGUGCUGAGGAUGAAGCUGAGAAUUAUACUUUUUCCCAGGACCAAAGCCCAGACAGUGUGGAACCAGAGAUGGAGCCAGUUGCAAAAAUCCAGGGUGAUAGUACUGGUGUGGAGUUGGAGGAAGUGCUGCCAAAAGCAGCUGGGGAGGAGGAGGAAGAGGAGGAAGAGGGAGAAGAGUUAGAGAAGAAAAAGAAGAGCAACUUUCAGUGCUCUAUCUGUGAGAAGGCGUUUCUGUACGAGAAGAGCUUCCUGAAGCACAUCAAGCACCACCAUGGCGUUGCCACUGAGGUGGUGUACCGCUGUGACACCUGCUGCCAAACCUUUGCCAACCGCUGCAACCUGAAGAGCCAUCAGCGCCAUGUACACAGCAGCGAGCGCCACUUUCCCUGUGAGCUAUGUGGGAAGAAGUUCAAGCGCAAGAAGGAUGUAAAGCGGCACGUGGUUCAGGUGCACGAGGGUGGUGGUGAGCGUCACCGCUGUGUCCAGUGUGGCAAGGGCCUGAGCUCCAAGACGGCGCUGAGGCUGCAUGAGCGGACACACACGGGCGACAGGCCCUAUAGCUGCACAGAGUGUGGUGCCAAGUUCUCGCAGCCUUCAGCGCUCAAGACCCACAUGAGAAUUCAUACAGGGGAAAAACCUUUUGUCUGUGAUGAAUGUGGUGCAAGAUUCACUCAGAACCACAUGCUGAUUUAUCAUAAAAGGUGCCACACAGGUGAAAGGCCUUUUAUGUGUGAAACGUGUGGCAAGAGUUUUGCUUCUAAGGAGUACUUAAAACACCACAAUAGAAUCCAUACUGGAUCCAAACCCUUUAAAUGUGAAGUAUGUUUCAGGACUUUUGCCCAGCGGAAUUCACUUUACCAGCAUAAUAAAGUCCAUACAGGGGAGCGGCCCUAUUGUUGUGACCAGUGCGGGAAGCAGUUCACCCAGCUCAACGCCCUCCAGCGCCACCAUCGUAUCCACACUGGAGAGAAGCCAUUCAUGUGUAAUGCAUGUGGACGGACAUUUACUGACAAGUCCACUCUCCGGAGGCACACCACAAUACACGAUAAGAAUACUCCAUGGAAGUCUUUCCUUGUUAUUGUAGAUGGUUCACCCAAGAAUGAUGAAGAACACAAGAUGGAGCAGCCUGAUGAAGAAUAUGCAUCACCCAAACUUCCAGAUAAAUUGCUGUCUUUUGCAGAAAAUGGCCAUUUUCACAACCUGGCCACAGUCCAAGGUGGUGUGCCUACUGUGCCUGAGAACAGUUCUGCAGACAUAGUCUGCAAAGUGGAAGACCCGGUGGUGUCCCAGGACUCUCUGCUUGCCACUACCAUCAGUGAGCUUAGUGAGCUGACUCCACAAACAGACUCAGUGUCCACACAGCUUCCCUCAUUGACCAACAUGGAGUAGGAGCUUGAAGUUGUGUGCCAUGCAGUCUUUGUGUGUGAUAGUUAUACUCCAGAUGAUGCCAGGGGCUAAGAAAAAUAAAUGAGUGUGUGCAAAGAUGCAGGCAAGAAUGACCUCUGCAGAUAUUCCCAAACUCUACUAACUUGCACGUCUUUAUCACAGCAUUUUUAAAAGCUUUCCCUUAAAAAUCCCGAUCUGCAUGAUCUCAACUACACUUUGUUGACAAGACAGUUAACAUAAGCUCCCUUAAUUCUGGUGUAUGCUAUGCGCUAAUCAUCCUAAUGCUUGAUUCUCUUGAUAUUUAGACCACCGCUUAUUAUAAUUGCAGAGUACAGAGCAUUGAUCCAGCACAUGAAAUUACUGUUAAUGGUCUUCCUGGUCUCACCCUGCCUUAUACUUUCUCUUGAUUCUUUUGAGGUAUUUUUCUACACUGAAAUAAAAUUGGGACCAACUAUUUUCACCUGUUUCUUGCUUGUUGAGUUGAAGCAAAUCAGAUUUGCUUUGGGGACCCUUGAAUGGGACUGAAGAAAUGGAUUAUUGUAUUUAUUCCUCAACCCUCUAUCUGUAGGCACGAAAAAAGGAAUGACAAAUUGAACACUCACAAAACUUUGUAUAUCUCUCUACUCAUAGCAUACAUAGAGCUAGGGAGUUUGUCAUAAAAUCAACUUUUGAAAUGAAAUGUGGCUGUUCAGUUUCAUUCCUAAAAUCUGGAUUAGGUAAGAGCUAUCCUACCAAAGAGUCUAGCCAAACUGUAGUAUUUUUUUUGCAGAGUUGUGAAAAAAAAGGAAGAGGCUUUAGAAAGCACUUGAACAUUGGGUAGUUAUUCACAAAUAGCAAAAUAAGGUGACUGUGGCAGAUCUUAGAAUGCAGAGUAUUAGUAUUUUUGCUAGGUUUUCUGCCAUUUCUGUAAUUUCCAGAAACCCAGACUUCCUCGUUUCCACAUCAGGAGAUUGAAACAACUGCCACAAACCUGCUUCCUUGGGAGCAUGCAAGAAUCUGUACAGGAACAAAAGCCUUGGCACAUUCAUCUCAGAUUAUGCCUUAAUGAGCAGAUCAUACAGAACCCCUAACUGCCUUAGAGGCUCCUUUGGCUGUCUCAUGCUGGACUUAAUUUAUUGCUUGAAAAAAUUCACAAUGAAAAGAGGAUUCUGUUGUAUUUGCUACUCCUGACAUAUGGUUCCGGGGCCUUGGGUGUGUGGUGUGUGCUUGCGAAAUGCUUUGCUUCCCAUGUAAUCCUUAAACAUUCAUUUUAAGAGCACUUUGAAGGAGAAUUCUCAUUUCCUACUUGCUUUCCCCCUGAUGUUAAUUUAUUAAAUUCACUGUGAAAACAUUUUGAUUUUCCAAGAGAAAGGUACCUUGUUCUUACAAUGAAGACAGAGCUGCACUAUGACAAACUGAGGGACGGUUUCUUCCUCACUGCUCAUUUCGUGUUAACAUGUUCAAGUAACUAGUGAAGUCACCUUGGGGUGUUCAGGUGCUGUUUCACACCUGCUCUUGAAGGUCACAAGACUGAAUUCUCCAAACUCAGUUAUGACCACAUCAUCAUAUCCUAGUUGUGUUUACAGAAUCAAAAUAGUGACUGUCAUACAACCGUUUUUAAUAUUGGUGAAGGAGACUGAACCUGCUCAGCCCAUGUACUGUUUAUGGAAUAAAGUCAUCUUUAUGAGAAGGAAUUUAAAAUAGUUUAUUUUGUUACCUACUGGAAGAAUUCUUGUCUGGAAUUUCUUUAGAAGUUCUACAUGAAAUUAUUGUGUUAAUAAAUGUCUGCUUUGCUAAAGUA